AUGGCUUCCACAACAAAAGAUCAAGACCAGCGGCCAAAGCCGAGUAGUCUCCGCUCCAUCAUAGCGGGUGCUACAGCUGGAGCCGUUGAAAUUGCUAUAACAUACCCUGCCGAAUUUGCCAAAACACGAUCCCAACUCAAUCGACGAUUACCUGAUGCCGGAAAACUUCCCUGGCCACCGUUUGGUGCGCAGUGGUACGCUGGUUGUACGACACUGAUGAUUGGGAAUUCCUUGAAGGCUGGAAUUCGCUUCGUCGCAUUCGAUAAGUUCAAAGCACUACUUCAAGAUGAGAAUGGGAACAUAUCAGGGCCUAGGACUGUCAUUGCAGGUUUUGGAGCGGGAUUUACGGAAUCGAUUCUCGCUGUGACGCCGUUUGAGAGUAUCAAGACCCAACUGAUCGACGACCGCAAAUCCGCAAACCCACGCAUGCGAGGCUUCCUACAAGGUAGCAAAAUUAUCGCCCAAGAGCGCGGAAUAAGAGGUUUCUUUCAAGGGCUGGUGCCCACCACAGCACGACAAGCCGCGAACUCAGCGGUGCGGUUCUCGAGUUAUACGACUAUAAAACAGUUUGUGCAAGGGUAUGCUGCGCCGGGAGAGAAAUUGGGUGUUUUGAGUACUUUCGCGAUUGGUGGUGUUGCGGGGAUUAUUACUGUAUAUGUGACUCAACCACUUGAUACGGUGAAGACGAGGAUGCAAUCUCUGGAGGCCAGGAAGAACUACAAAAACAGUAUCGCAUGCUUUGCGCAAAUCGUCAAGAAUGAGGGUGUCUUAACCCUUUGGUCUGGAGCGUUACCUCGUCUUGCGCGAUUGAUUAUGAGUGGUGGAAUUGUGUUUACUAUGUACGAGAAAAUGAUGGACGGGAUGGAUACAUUGGACCCAGAACGAAAAUACAUUUAA